AUGGGAGAGAAGGAGUGGUACUUUUACAGUCUAAGGGAUAGGAAAUAUCCGACGGGUUUGAGGACUAACAGAGCAACCACUGCUGGGUAUUGGAAAGCUACCGGGAAAGAUAAGGAGGUCUUCGCCGGCAGCGGAGGACCGCUUGUUGGGAUGAAGAAGACGUUGGUGUUCUACAAAGGUAGGGCACCACGUGGCCUCAAGACUAAGUGGGUCAUGCAUGAGUAUCGCCUCGAAACCGACCUUUCACACCGCCACACGUGUAAGGAGGAAUGGGUGAUUUGUAGAGUGUUCAACAAAUCAGGAGAUAGAAAAAAUGUUGGGAUCCAUAACCAAAUCAGCUACCUUCAUAACCAUUCACUCUCAACAACACAUCAUCAUGAUACCUUGCCUAUGCUUUUGGAAGCUUCCAACAAAACCCUAACCAACUUCCCAUCGCUACUCUACGAUGAUCCCCAUCAAAACUACAAUAAUAACCUCAUUCAUGGAUCAUCAGGCCACAACCUCGACGAGCUCAAAGCCCUAAUCAAUCCAGUCGUCUCUCAGCUCAACGGAAUCAUCUUUUCGCCGGGAAACAACAACAACAACAACGACGAAGACGACUUCGGUUUUAACCUCGGCGUGAAGACAGAGCCAUCUUCGAACGGUGUUAUAAACAAUAACGAACUUGACGUACGAGAUUACUUGGAGAAUCCUCUGUUUCAGGAAGCGAGUUACGGUCUGUUGGGUCUUUCGUCUUCUCCUGGACCACUUCACAUGCUAUUAGAUUCUCCAUGUCCUUUAGGUUUCCAGCUGUAGUAGAAUCCUAUCCCUUGGAUUUAUA